AUGCUCAAGCCCCCCGCGGGGGAGGAAAGCCCCGGCGCGCUCCCCAAUAUCCACACGGGGAAUAUCGGGCUGCAUGUCUUUUUGCUGACGUUCUUCGCCUUCGUGACGUUGACGAAUGAAAUUCAUAAAUGGUCCCACCAGGUCCGGCCGCACCGAAUCGUGCGAAAGCUGGCAAGCUGGGGGAUCAUCCUAUCCCCCAAAAUGCAUCGAAAACAUCACGUCGAUCCGUUUGACUGCAGUUAUUGCAUUACAACAGGAUGGAUGAACCCGGUUCUGGAUCGCGUGAACUUCUGGCGGCAUUUGGAGAUGCUGGUGAUUAAGGCUACGGGUGCGGUCCCCCGCGCGAACGAUCAAGCCCUCAUGGGAUUGUAA